CUCACACUGUGACAGAACACGGCGCGCGCGCACCUCUAUCAACACUUAGAUCACGGCGCGACAUACAAAGUGAUAGUGAAAAAAAAAAUCGAAUCGAGACACCGAUUAUCCGAUAUUUCGAAAAAAUCGGUAUUAUUUUUUCGGUUUGUGAAAAUUUGUUGAACGGUGGUGUGACGUGAUUAUUUUUUGGAUAUUUUUUGUUGUGUUGUGAAAAAAAAGUGGAACAACUUCCUCCAAAAAAAAAACAGUGAAAUGAUGUGAAAAAAUGCCAUAGACUCAACAACGAACAGACAUGGCAUCUAACGGUAAAACUCCGGAGAUUUUGACCAACUUCGAAACUGUGGACUUGGACAAGAAUGGGGACGAGGAUGUGGGCAAGAAUGGACAGUUGGUGGUAUCUGCAGCCAAUGGGCAGUUUGAUGGGAACUGUCUCGGGGUCCCCAGGACGGGACAUAGGCCGUCCAUCAUGGAGGUGGAAUGUGCCAAAGAGCGAACGAGAUUGGCUCUGCUGAAGCAGUGCUCCGCCAUCUUGAAACAAGGAGACCAGAAGUAUACGAAGGAGAGUCUGCAUCGGACGUUUCAGGAUGAGGAUCUACUUGAGCGAAUAUUUCGGUUGUUCGACGCAGACGGCAACGACAACUUAGAUCAAAAUGACUGGCUGGAGUUCUUGAAAGAACGACUCAGCGAAGACAAACAAAUAGAUUUUGUGGAACAAGUGGAAAGUGUCGCUUACGUCUUAUGCGGCAACGGUGUGAUUACAUUGGACACGUUUCAACUCAUCCUUAAAAAUAAAGUUGUAACAAAUAAGUUGUUCAGAGUGGUGGACACUGAUGGUGACGGGUAUGCGACGGCUGACGAGAUCAUGGAGUUUCUAUCUACAGUCACUAGCAGCAGACCUCGCGUGGGCUUCGACAAGCACAGCGUAGACCGGCUGGAGAAGCUGUUCCGGGCCACGGUGGGAGAUGAGAAGGAGAUCACCAGGGAACAGUUCCAGAAGAUUGUCGUGUCCAAGAAUCCAUUCUUCACGGAGCGAGUGUUCCAGAUCUUCGACGAGGAUGACUCCGGCGCCAUCUCCCUGCAGGAGUUCAUCGCGGCCGUGCAUCAGUUCGCCGGACAGACGCCCGAGGACAAGAUACGGUUCCUGUUCAAGGUCUAUGAUUUGGAUGGCGACGGCCUGAUCCAGCACCGCGAGCUGCAGCACGUGAUGCGCGCGUGCAUGGAGGAGAACGGCAUGCAGUUCAGCGACGACCAGCUGCUGGAGCUGACCACCGCCAUGUUUGACGACGCAGACUCCGAGCGCCGCGGCGCCAUCACGUAUGAUGCGCUGAAGAAACAGCUCGAGAGUCAUGAUGGGUUACUGGAGAAUCUGUCCAUCAGCAUAGACCGUUGGCUAGUCCCUCCAAAGCAGGACCCGCAGCCGGUGUCCUUCAAGCAGCGCCUCUCCCGGCUGAAGCCGUACCAGCUGUCCCGGCCGUACUUCAAGAACAACUACGUGUUCCUCACAUACCUGGGGCUGUUCUCGCUGGUCAAUGUCGGGCUGUUUGUGGCUCGCUGCGUGGAGUACCGCAAGGCAAACGGAUUUGUUAUACUCGCUAGGGCUUGUGGUCAGUGUCUAAACUUCAAUUGUUCCUGGGUGCUGGUGCUGAUGCUGCGGCACUGCCUCACGGAGCUGCGCGUGCGCGGGUUCAGCUCGUACCUGCCCCUCGACCACCACAUCUACCUGCACAAACUCACCGGCGUCCUCAUCGCCAUCUACAGUCUCGUGCAUACGCUGAUGCAUCUUUGUAAUUUUAGUAUAAUAGUAGUGAACGACCCGGUCCUGAAUAAGGCCAACUACACACUGUCGGAGUGGCUGGUGACGGAGAAGCCGGGGCUGUUCGGGCUGGUGCCGGGCUGCGCCAACCCCACCGGCGUGGCGCUCGCCGUCAUACUGCUCGUCAUGUUCAUCUGCAGCCAACCCUUCAUCAGGCGGGGCGGGAGUUUUGAGAUAUUCUACUGGUCGCACCUGCUGUACGUGCCGUUCUGGCUGCUGCUGCUGCUGCACGCGCCCAACUUCUGGAAGUGGUUCGUGCUGCCCGGCACCGUCUACCUCUCCGAGAGGAUCAUGCGGCUCGCCUGGAUGAGAUCCGAGCGUGGCAAGACGUACAUAUCAUCGGGCAUCCUGCUCCCCUCCCGCGUGACCCACCUGGUGGUGAAGCGCCCCCCCCUGUUCCACUUCCACGCCGGAGACUACGUGUUCGUGAACAUCCCUGCCAUAGCCACGUAUGAGUGGCAUCCUUUUACCAUCAGUAGUGCUCCGGAGCAGGAAGAAUACAUUUGGCUGCACAUCCGUGGCGUAGGAGAGUGGACCAACCGCUUGUACUCGUACUUCGAGAGAGAACAAGCGAGGCUGCACGGGGAAGAACUGCCGGCUAUUGAGAAUGGACAUCAGAAGUUAGCGCGUUCAAUAUCCAGCCAGAGCAAGAAGAGCCGCAAGAGUUCAGUGGCGAGCACCAAGAAGCGGUCGGUGGACUUCUCCCCCAAGUGCUUCACCAACGACGCUUAUGUUCCCGAGGAGGGAAACGGGGAUGUUAAACAAAAUGAUGCUCCAUCACCAACGAAGAUAUCGUACCACCCCUCACUGCUGCUGGCUCCGCCUCGCACCCUGGAGAAGUCUCGCUCCAUGCCCGACGUACAGAAGAACUUGAAGAAACGACAGCGGUUGAUGGCUCUACGCGACUUCAUGCGUUCGGAGUCGGAAAGCAAGUUGGACGAGGGCUCCAUGCUGAGCGCCCGCAAGACCUUCGGGCUGGCCAGCAAGGUCCCGCAGAACAAGUCCCUGGUGCACAGCUUCAGGUACAUGAGGACCAAGCCCACCAUCAUCGCCUUCAAGACUCCCAGCUUCGAGGAGAGGAGGAGGAGCAAUGACAGCAUUUUGACUCUUGCUCGUCGUCGUCUAUCAAAGAGUUUGUCUCCGGACAGAGACAUCGAGUGUCAGCCAGAGAAGAUCGUGGAGUGUGAGAACGAUGGCUCGGAGGCUACUGAUGACUUCGAAGCCAACUACCCUAUUGGGAAACCUUUAGAGAUCUAUCUGGACGGUCCAUACGGCGCGGCCUCCUCACACAUCUUCCUGGCGCAGCACGCGGCUCUGGUGGCGGCUGGUAUCGGAGUCACUCCCUUCGCGUCCAUCCUCCAAGCCGUGAUGUACCGCUACUGGAGUGCCCGCCAGGACUGCCCCAAGUGUGGGCACACGUGGGCGUCUGACAUGCCCAGACAUAAUAUGAAUUUGAAGAAGGUGGACUUCUUCUGGAUAAACCGCGAGCAGCGCUCGUUCGAGUGGUUCGUGUCGCUGCUGUCCCAGCUGGAGAUUGAGCAGGCGGAGCUGGGCGGCGCCAUGGAGCGGUUCUUGGAGAUGCACAUGUACAUCACCAGCGCGCUGCAGAAGUCCGACAUGAAGGCUGUCGGACUGCAGCUGGCCUUGGACCUUUUACAUGAGAAGGAAAAACGAGACCUGAUCACAGGUCUGAAGACCAGAACGAACGCGGGCCGUCCGAACUGGGACAAGGUGUUCAAGCAGCUGCAAGAGCAGAACAAAGGGAAGGUGACGGUCUUCUACUGCGGACCCCCGCAGCUCGCCAAGAUACUCAGGGUCAAAUGUGACCAGUUCGGCUUUGGAUUCAGGAAAGAGGUCUUCUAAAUACUACGACAAAAGUUCCCUAAAGCCUCGUCUCCGCUAGGAACAUUUGUCGAGCGACCAGGGGCCUUAGUCUGCUAUUACAAUUGUGUCAGAAUGGUCGAUCACUGAGCAGUGCAAGAGGGACGGAGCUAUGUAGGUUGUAUAGCUCCAUCCCUCUCGCACUGCCCAAUGAUCGACCAUUCUGACACAAUUGUAAUAGCAGACUAAGGCCCCUGUACCCCUGGAGACAUCGGGCGAUGUCAGGCGACGCGUCAUUGUUGACUGUGCGACAAGGAACAGUUUCAACAAUGUCAACGAUGUCUCCGGGGACACAUUUAAGUGUGGGAGAGCCAUGCUUCGGCACGAAUGGGCCGGCUCGAUCGGAGUGAUACCACGGCCUCACAGAAGACCGACGUGAAACAACGCUUGCGUUGUGUGAGUGAGGUUACCGGAGGCCCAAUUCCCCCUUUCCCAAUCUUCCCAAUCCCCGAUUCUCCAACAACCCUUAUAUUCCUAACCCCCAAAAGGCCCCCAAAACGUCUGCUCGAAUACCGGCGUGUUCCAAUAAAAAAAAAAACAUAAUGUCCCUCGACAAAUGUUCCUAGUGGGGACGAGGUUUAAAAAUCCUUGUACAUGAAGUGCAGACGACAGCAAGUAAAGUUAAACCUUAUAUGACAGUAAAUUUUUAACUUUAUGUCUUAGGUAAGAAGGUUGAGAGUCUAUUAAAGCUUGUAGUAGCUGUAUGUGCUGGCGUAUGUAUGCUCAAAGUUAAUGUAGUAUUGUUAGCAAUAGAAGUUACCAGAAAAUGCUAUGUGAUAGAAAUGUGAUCAAAUUACCUAUGUGUUCUGGUUUUUCAAAGGAAAUUUUAUUUUUAUAAAAAAAUAUAUAUUAUGCUAUUGUUAUUUGUAUUAUAAAGUAAAAUAAUUAUCGUCUUGGUAAUUUUUUUUGUAUGCCGCAAUGUGCAUCUCUGCCUACCUCUUCGGGGAUAAAAGGCGUGACGUGCGUGCGUGCAUGCGUUAUUUUUUUUUAUAAAUUGUUUUAAAAUAAUCUGUAAAAUAUUUUGAGUAAUACGUACCUACCUAAUGAAAUCAGCGAUAAUACUUUUAAAUUCUUUGUA